AUGGGAAAAGAAAUGGAGUCUUUCCAGCUGAACACCGGGGCUAGUAUCCCGGCGGUGGGGCUGGGGACGUGGCAGGCUGCACCUGGUCUUGUUGGCGCCGCCGUUGAGGCUGCCGUUAAAAUUGGGUACCGCCAUAUUGACUGUGCUCAAGCGUACGGCAACGAGAAGGAGGUGGGAGCUGUUCUGAAGAAGCUUUUUGACGAGGGCGUGGUGAAGCGCGAGGAUUUGUUCAUUACUUCCAAACUCUGGAACGCUAACCAUUCACCAGAAGAUGUCAAGGUUGCGCUGGAAGGAACUCUUCGUGACCUGCAGAUUGACUAUGUAGAUCUAUACCUGAUCCACUGGCCGGUUAGAUUCAGGAAGGGGGCAGUUGGGUCGAAGCCCGACAACGUUGUGGCAGCCGAUAUCCCGGAGACGUGGAGGGCGAUGGAGGCUUUCUACGAUGAGGGGAAAGCUCGAGCGAUUGGAGUGAGUAAUUUCUCGUCCAAGAAACUUGGGGAUUUGAUUGAGGUUGCUCGCAUCCCUCCGGCUGUGCUUCAGGUGGAGUGCCACCCUCAUUGGCAGCAGCCUAAGCUCCACGAGUUCUGCAAAUCCAAGGGGGUUCAUCUUACUGGAUAUUCACCAUUGGGAUCCCCUGGCACGGUGUGGUUCACCAUGGAUGUACUGAAGAACCCAAUCUUGAACAUGGUUGCGGAGAAGGUGGGCAAAACUCCAGCCCAGGUGGCCCUUCGUUGGGGGCUGCAAAUGGGUCACAGUGUGCUUCCCAAGAGUACUAACGUGUCCAGGAUCAAGGAGAACUUGGAAGUCCUUGAUUGGUCUAUCCCAGACGAGCUGUUCGCUAAGCUGUCAGAAAUCGAGCAGGCAAGGCAGCUGAGGGGGACUCAAUUCGUGAACGAGGCAGUGCCUGGGCACCACAGCAUUGAGGAGAUAUGGGAUGGAGAGCUCUAA